UCGCUGACCCGGAAGUGUUGUCGCGGCAAGGGAGAGAAGCAUGGUUGUCCCGAAGGAGGGUGGCGGCGGCGGCCACCGGCCUGGAGCCCUGAAGCAGCAGAACAAGCCGCACAAAGCGGGCAGGCACCGCCGCAACAGCACUCGGAGGCACGCCGUCGGAGUUUCUGCCAAAACUCUCAGCCAUCAAAAGCGCCAGAAUUUGGCCAAGAUGGAUCGCAAGCAUCGCGCAUCGCAGCUCCGGAAACAGUCCAAGGAGGCGGUGUUGGCAGAGAAGCGAAACUUGGGCCACAAGGGUGGGCCACCGCACUUGGUGGUUGUGGUCCCGCUGCACGCUAAUGUUGACAGCCAGAGUGUUUUGCACCUGUUUCAAAGCAACGAGGCUUCUGUUGUGUGCCAGGCUGAGAGGGGUUUCCCAGGCUUUGUCUUUCAGUGCCCUCGAUCUAAGUUACGAUGGCAAUUUGUGGUAGCUGACAGAGGGAACCUUCUUGCUAUUCUGGACCUUGCUAAAGUUGCUGACACCCUUCUUUUUGUGCUGGAUUUACUGGAAGGCUGGGAUGCCAUUGGCAAUAAUUGUCUGUCUUGCAUAUUUGCACAGGGCCUCCCCAACUAUGGCCUUGCUGUUCAAGGUCUUGCUGACGAACCACUGAAGAAACAGAUUGACUUGCAGAAAAAACUGAGGAAGGUUACCGAGAAGAGGUUCCCUGAAGCCAAGCUCUUUCCCCUCGACACAGAGCAGGAGUCUGCACUCCUGCUGCAUCACCUUGCCACCCAGAAGCAGCGGCACCUGGCGUUCCGGGACCGGCGAGCCCACCUGUUGACUGAGGCUGUGGAAUUUGUCCCUGGGCCAGGCAGUGACUUAGUGGGGACUCUGAAGGUGUCUGGCUACGUGAGAGGGCGGAGCUUGAAUGUAAAUAGUUUGGUGCAUAUUGUGGGCCAUGGGGACUUUCAGAUGAGCCAGGUAGAUGCCACUCCGGAGCCAUUUGUGCCAAACCUGAAUGCUGCUAAAGGGCAACGUAGAAGACGCCAAGGCUUGCAGGACAGCCCUUUCAGCGGAGUGGCUGAGAUGGAGGAAGACGUACAGGUCUUAAUGAGAGCCGAUCCUAACAAGCAGGAGUCUCUGCAGUCAGAGAUGGUCCCUGAUCCCAUGGAUGGAGAGCAGACCUGGCCCACUGAAGAAGAACUGAAUGAGGCAGCAGAAUCCCUGAAGCAGACCAAGAAGAUCUCCAAGAAGGUCCCCAAAGGCACUUCCGCCUACCAAGCCGCCUGGAUCGUAAAUGAGAGAGAAGGAGAAAGCGGCAGUGACGACGAACAAGAUGAGGCAAAUGAGAUGGAGGAAGAGAUGUUUACAGAAGAGGCCAUCUCCCAGGAUGGGAGCAGCAGUGAGGAGGAAGAAGCUACAGAGGAUGAAGAAUGUGAGUCUAUGGUGUUGCCAGAGACUGAAGAGGAUGCUGAGGAGGAGGAGGCAGUGCUGGAGAAGUACCAGCGUGAACGACAAGAUGAGAUGUUUCCAGACGAAGUGGACACUCCCCGAGAUGUGCUGGCCAAGAUCCGCUUCCAGAAAUACAGAGGACUAAAAAGCUUCCGGACAUCCCCGUGGGAUCCCAAUGAGAAUUUGCCCAGGGACUAUGCCCGCAUCUUCCAGUUCCAGGAUUUCUUCCAGACCAGAAAGCACGUCUUCCGACAGCUGAAGAAAGAAGAGGACGACGGAGUUGCAGUUGGCCGUUACGUGACCCUUCACAUUUGCAACGCCCCAGCCUCCGUGGUGGAGAGUUUCCAGCAGCGGGUGCCUCUGGUGCUCUACGAACUGCUCCCUUAUGAGCAAAAGAUGUCUGUGCUGAAUCUCCUGGUCAGACGCUUCGCCAGCUAUACCGAGCCUAUUCAGGCCAAGGAGGAGGUGAUCGUUCACUGUGGAUUCCGCCGCUUCCAAACCUCGCCGCUUUAUUCUCAGCACAGCUCAGGAUCCAAGCACAAGCUGGAGAAGUUUCUGCGGGCUGAUGGCACCACCAUGGCUACCCUGUAUGGCCCCAUCACUUUCCCACCAGCUUCUGUGUUGUUCUUCAAGCAGAAGAGUGACGGAUCACAUGACCUUCUGGCCACAGGUUCGCUGCACAGCGUUGACCCCAGCAGGGUGAUCCUCAAAAGGGUGGUGCUUAGCGGCCACCCUUUCAAGAUCCAUACAAAGAUGGCCGUCGUGCGCUACAUGUUCUUCAACAGAGAGGAUGUGUUGUGGUUUAAGCCUGUAGCACUCCGGACCAAGUGGGGUCGGCGGGGGCACAUCAAAGAGCCUGUGGGUACACAUGGCCUGAUGAAAUGCCAGUUUGAUGGACAGCUGAAGUCCCAGGACACAGUUCUGAUGACUCUGUACAAGCGGGUCUUCCCCAAAUGGAUAUAUAAUAGCCAUGUUCCUGGACUGUGCGAGAUAGGAGAGAGUGCCCUUUGCCAUGAAGAGGAAAUGAACUAGAAGCAGCCUGGCUUCAUUUGCACCCUUACUGUAGAGGGAAUUUGAGAGAAGGGUUGCUCUUUGGUGGUUCUAAAGAGCUCACAGCUUUAUGGAGGGUUGGGAAUGAGGUGGUGGGAAAGAACCCUACCUUCCUUUGUUCUUAUGCAGUACUUCUGAGGGUCUGGUUCCUUCCUACAGGUGCCUUAACAUUAUAUUCAGUGAAUAAAAAAUUAUGCAUUC